AUGAGACUCCUGGCACUCCUGGUAAGCAAGUGAGCCUGCAGUCACUCUGCGCGUAUAGUCAUCCCCACUUCCCACUGCCAAGUGUUGAACUAACGAACGAAUAAUACAGAGAUAGAGGAAACCUAGUUGAUUAUGAUCCAAAGGACACUAUGGAAAAACUCUCGGGCCGGACCGAUUCAUGAUGACAUGUAUAUCAGGACCCAGGCGACUCAUGUAUCGUCUCUUCUAUCAACUACCUGCAAAUAUCUACCGCGUAAAUAAGAGCCCGUCUUUCAGACAUAUCCAAUACAACAAAAACCAGUUCAUCUUCACCUCUUCUUUUCGUAAAAUGCCUGUCGAGCUCAAGGGCAGUUGUCAUUGUGGUGCCGUGAAAUUUACUGUUGAGAGUAGUACCCCUGUCCCUUAUCAGCUUUGUGUUUGUUCUAUUUGUCGCAAAGUGGGAGGUGUUGGAGGGUCGAUCAAUCUUGGCGCUCUUUCCAGCACACUGAAAAUUGAAGGUAAAGAAAACAUCAGUGUUUACAAAGCUAUCCUCGACCGCGGUACUCCAAAGGAAUCAGUCGCUUCAUCUGAAAGAAAUUUCUGCAACAAGUGCUCUGCCAUGCUUUGGUUGUAUGAUGAAAGUUGGCCCGAGCUUCUACACCCAUUCGCCUCAGCCAUCGACUCUGAACUGGAAUCUCCAGAGAAAUUAGUCGUGGUGAAAACAAACUCAAAGCCCGACUAUGUGCGCUUACCAGAAGGUCCAAAAAGCUUGCAUAAGAAUUACGGUUCGGACUCUAUCGAAGGCUGGCAUAAGAAAAAUGGCAAGUUUGUCGAGUGAGAUGAGCUAUAGAAGGAGAAAUUCACAAUAAGCUGGCUGUUCUAUCGCGGUGUAAGCUUUUCUGUCGAGGUUGGUUAAUGCCUUUAUCGCUCUUUGUGGGGAUGUUUGCUUUUCUGUAACGUUGGACCCUGCGCCAUAUGUAUUUGUAAUUCUUUUCUUUGUAUUGACCAUCAAGGUAGACACCUUUCUCUAGUAAUAUAACAGCGAAUUGAGAGAAAGU